AUGAAGAACCGCAACCUCACAGUGCGCUCGUCCAACGGAUCAAUCUUCGUGGUCACCCGCACGUCAGACGCCUUGGCCUCUGCGAUCAAUCCCACGCUGGAAUCUGUAAACGUCUGGUUGAGGGAUUAUAGCCUGCAACUGGCGCAUCAGAAGACUGAGACCAUCAUACUGACCAAGAAGUGGACUUACACUGAUCCCCAACUGACGGUACGAGGUCACAAAAAGAAUCUACAGUACGUUGCAGAACUUUACUUGGACAUAAAUCUCAAGUUCAACAAACACCUCCGCACGGUGCCCAGCAAGGCUUCAUCUUAUUCGGGUGCUUCAGGUACUACCUGCACCGCAUGGGGUGUGACGCAUGAUGCGGGGUGUCUGAACUGCCAGCGUCUGGAGGACACGGCAAAUCACACCCUCCUUGACUCUCCGCACUGAGAAUCUUUACAUCUGGCAGUUCGAGCGUUCGUCAGCGAUAGGAGCAUUACUCUAAGUAACGCCCAGGACCUUCUAUGUGGUCCGGUGGACAUCGCGCCUCAAACCUUAACCACGUAAUGCUACGUCCGUAAUGCUAAGUACUUCUUCCCCACAGUCUGAGAUAUCCUAAGAAGAAAAGAACA